GAUGAGAAGAAAAGAAGGAGGAGGGGAGAGACAGAAUGGAAAGAAGUUGUGUUGAGGAAUUUUGAGUCUUGUGUGAAGUUAAAGGCUUUGGUGUUGUGAUGGGAAUGUCUAGUUGAAGCUGUGGUCUUGAGGGGAAAAAAAGAAGAAACAGGAAUUUGGGGAUCAAGGAGACACCUUUUUUUCCCCCAGAAGCAAAACAAAAACUUUAAAACAACUUUGAUUGGACACUGAAACCUUGAAAAUUCUCGCUUUGAUUUUCAUCAGUGAAACACUUGAUGGACAUACGCAAAACUUUCUUUUCCCCAGCUUUAUUGUUUGUUAAUGGAUUUUUUGUUUGUUUGUUUUAAAUUUGAAAGAAGACUGAAGUGCUGGCGCUGCUGCUGAAGUGCAGACUUUAUUUUAUUAUAUUAUUAUUAUUAUUAGUAUUAGUAUUAUUUGGUGGCGCUUUUUUCCCCCCUUUUCGAAACCAGAAACGAGAACUUGGGAGAGGAAAAGCAGAUCUAAAUAAGACAGCGGACUUUAGCCAAGAAAACACAGCUGUCUAAGCGCAACCUCUGAGCUGGUGUGUGUGUUUUAGGUGGAUAUGUUUCUGAAGAUGCACUGAAACAGAGACUCUGAAUUAUAACUAGAAAGCAAAGGAACCGAAUCGGAACCGAGAGGAUUUCUUCAAAAUGAAUCUGCUUUUUGUGGUUUUUGCGGUUGUGCUACACAUCCAAGCUUCCGAAACUGUCUCAGGUUUGCGCUUCAGUCAAAGCCCAGAUAAUAUAACUUCAUCACUGGGGAAGCCGGUGAAAAUGCAGUGCAUCCUGAUGAUGGGCGAUGCAGGAAAAGAGGGCUCUCCAGACAUUCUGUGGCUCAGAGAGGGGCAGCAGCUCGAGUUCUCUGACACCAACCAAGUGCAGAUGCCUGUCGAUGAUGACACAGGGCUCGUCAUCAGUACACUUCGGAUUGCAAAGGUCCAGCUGUCAGACAUGGGCGCCUACAGCUGUGCAGUGAUCAUUGGGGAUAAUCAGACAGUGUCCAUGGAAGGACACCUUCAACUGGAAGGUCUCCCACAUUUCUCUGUUGAACCCCACCACAUGUCUGUAGUGGCGAAUGUGAGCCUGAGUCUGCAGUGCAUUGCUCACGGGCCUCCUGAACCAGUCCAAAUAAUAUGGCUUCAGGAUGGAGCCCCUCUCAAUAAGCUGGACGACCCCAUGUCUCUGUCUCCAUCCAGCCUCAACCUCACAGGCCUGAACAAGACAAGUUCAUUUUCCUGCGAAGCUCAUAAUCGCAAAGGUGUAGCAUCAUCCAGCUCUGGAGUGAUAACGGUCCUCCCUUCCCAACCACAGGAUGUUAAAGCUGUGGAGAUAACUAAUUCCAGCAUUCGUCUGUCCUGGUCCCCAGGCUUUGCAGGAAUUUACACCAUCAGUCUCUGCACAGUUCAGGUUAAGCCAUCAGGAGAGGACUCCAUUUUGAAUCCCGAUCACAUGAUCCACAACCAAAAUGUUAACAUUCCACCUCCAAGUCACCUGAUCUCCGACCUGAAGCCUUUCACCCAAUACGACGUCAGAGUCGCCUGCCAGAGCAACCAGGGGGUCUCUGAUUGGACGCCAUGGGUGACCUUCAGCACCAAUGAAGGAGUUCCAGACAGUGCACCAGUGAACGUCACUGCUAUGCUGAACAAAACAGAGUUGCUGAUCAGCUGGGCCAAACCUGACGGGAAGAUUAAUGGAGAGCUACAGGGCUACAUGAUUGAGUACAGCACACCUAAUACGGAACAGGUCGUGUUGGACAUAGGAAUGGUAACGGAGCUGUCUGUUAACAUGUCAGUCCCUUUAUCAAACAUCACCUUCAGGGUGCGUGCCUACACGGGGGCAGGAUACGGACCAUGGACCCCGGUGCAGACGUCUCUUGUCCCUGCAGACAUUGGACGGAUACAAUCGUCAGGUCGCUCCUCUCCUCCAGCGUUGUCCUGGCACUGGUGGUACGUAGUCAUGGCCGUGGCAGUAGCUAUAGCUCUGGCAGUGCUCAUGGCUGUAUACAUGGCCAAACUGAGGCGGAAGGAAACACGUUUUGGUGAGGCGUUUGAGCCCAUGAUGGAGAGUGGAGAGCUGGUGGUUCGGUAUCGAGCUCGUCGUACGUACAGCCGCCGCACCAACGAAGCCACAUUGAACUCACUGGGAAUCAGCGAUGAACUCAAACAGAAGCUGCAAGACGUAAUGGUGGACAGACACAAACUAACUCUGGGAAAAACACUCGGAGAGGGUGAGUUUGGCUCUGUUAUGGAAGGCCUUCUGACUCAAGAGGACUCAGUUCUUAAAGUAGCAGUCAAGACAAUGAAGAUUGCUAUUUGUACCCGCACUGAGAUGGAGGACUUUCUGAGAGAAGCAGCCUGUAUGAAGGAGUUCGACCAUCAGAAUGUCAUGAGGCUACUAGGAGUGUGUUUGCAGACUGUGGAGAGCGAAGGCUUUCCAUCUCCUGUGGUGAUUCUGCCCUACAUGAAACAUGGUGACCUACACAGCUACCUGCUCUACUCAAGACUUGGAGACUCACCUGUAUAUCUACCAUCUCAGAUGCUGGUGAAGUUUAUGACAGAUAUCGCUCGAGGAAUGGAGUACCUGAGCAGCAAGAACUUCAUCCAUAGAGACUUGGCUGCACGGAACUGCAUGUUAAAUGAGAACAUGAACGUGUGUGUUGCUGACUUCGGGCUCUCUAAGAAGAUUUACAAUGGUGAUUACUACAGGCAGGGCCGCAUCUCAAAAAUGCCUGUCAAGUGGAUUGCGAUUGAAAGCCUGGCAGACAGAGUUUACACCACCAAGAGUGAUGUGUGGUCCUUUGGCGUGACGAUGUGGGAAAUCGCUACACGUGGUCAGACUCCAUACCCCGGUGUGGAGAACAGUGAGAUUUAUGACUACCUGAGACAAGGCAACCGUCUGAAACAGCCUCCGGACUGCCUGGACAGCAUAUACUCCUUGAUGUUCUCCUGCUGGUUGCUCAGUCCGAAGGACCGGCCGAGCUUUGAGGUCUUGUGUUGCCAACUUGAGAAAGCCCUGGAUGAGCUUCCUGACCCGCAGGACCCUGAUGAGAUCCUCUACGUCAACAUGGAGGACUCAUCAGGAGAGCUGGGGGCUGUCGGGGGACGGGAGCCCAACCUAGCCGGUGGCAUGUGCUCUCUGGGGCCAUUGAAGGGCACAGAAUCAGUGGCAACGGCAGAGAUUCACCAGCCAGGCCGCUACGUCAUCUGCCCCCAACACGAAAGCCAGCGCCUCCUCAAUGCAGAUUCGCUAGAAAGCCUGAAUCUUACAGGCUCGACGCCAACUUUAUUACUCCAACCGUCUGCUCGUGCAACUCCUGUGCCAACCUCUGAGAUAAACAUUUCUGAGGAGAGAGACGGUCCGGGGGGCAAGAGAAUAAUGUGGUAGUGACACUUAGACUCAAUGAGAGACAGUAGACAUAUACAGGCACUGUACUGCCUAAUCAGUUAGGUUGGAGAAGGAUUCAGUUAGAGAUUUGUCCUUUGUCCCACUGUCCAUCAUUUGCACCUCUUCUGUUUGUGGAAGCACACACUUACCCUGACAUUCCAUAAACAAACACUUAUUGUAAGUGUACCACAUCCAAUGUUUCUCUGAACUCAUCAUGCUUGGAGUAAUGUUGGAUUGUAAAUUAGGUUUUGAAGUUUAGCAUCCUCUGUGUCAAUAUUCUCCUGACUUUCCACACAGUUCUACAAGGUGUUCCAAAAAUCUCCAUACAUAGGGGAAAUUAAUACUUUUUAGCAAAAUGUCUUCUGAAAUUGUUCAUUCUUAGUUUAUUUUAGAAAUAUUUUUUCAGAUAGCCUUUAAGAAUGCAUUUGACAAAAGUUCUCAUGACUGGAUCGGGAAGCUGUCGUAAGGUUUAACAGUAUGGACUUUAACAGUAAACAUGGCGAGCACAUCACACACGACACUGUUGCCAAACUUAUUAACAAAUUCAAAAAGACUGGAAGUGUUACAGACCAACCGAGAAGUGGCGGUCCAACAUCUACUGACGAAGGCACAACUGAUGUGGUGCUGGUGUACAUAGUCCCCUAUGUAUGGAGAAUUUUGGGACACCCUGUAUUUCAAGUUUGAUUGAGGGAGUUCUGAAUUUUAAACUUUUCCAUUCAUGACAGGGCCCAAUGCACACACACAUGUACAUGCUCAGUCACACUUAGGAGCAAUUUAUUGUAGCAAAUGCAUAUGCAUGUUUUUGGGAGGUGGGAAGAAACCAGAGAUCCUGGAGGAUCCUGGUGGGCUACCCUCUGCACCAACCAAUUACAUGGCUUCAGAGGCCCCGAAGUUGUUGGCAGAGCCACUAGACCUCUUCCAUCAAGGGGAUUAUAAGCUUCUGAAAUAUUCUGAGGCUCAGCUUGGCCUAACCAUUGCAAAUUUGUAUUUGUAUAAUUCACAUGAACCAAAUAGCAAAUAAUAGUUGUAAUAGUCAUAUCUCAAGAUUGAAGUUUUCAACUAGUGCAAGCCCCAUUUAAAAGUCAAAUUCACAUAAAGACUGCUGACACACACACACAAACAUCUACCUGUUGAACGUAAAAGCCAUUGAAAAAAGCUAAAUGAUGAGAAGAAAGUUGAAUCUGAUAAGCUAGCAUAACACCAAGCUAAAGUACCACAUGUGAAUCAAGUAUUUAAGAGGUCUUCAGGAGAUACUAGCUCUCAAGUAACAUGUAAAUACCAAUGGCUUAAGAGCAGCUUUGCCAGCAGAUCACUGCCAAUCUGUAGAAGGGAAUCAAACAUCUUUAAGCCUGUUUUCACUUUAGGACAGCUUAAAGUGUCUGCACUUGAUUUAUUAUUUUUUUUUAACUAUAUACUUCUUCAGAUCGCUUCAAUCCAACAUUUCCAAAGACGGUAACAUGAGCCAACCUGAAGCACUUCUGGCUUGCUAUACAAGCCAUAGACAGAAAAUAUCAAGUCCAAAGUUUAAAAAAAAAAAGAUUUGUCAGUAAUUUAGGAAAACGCAAAUGGCUAAAUUAAUCUAAGUUGGAGAAAAUAAUCACUAUACACCACCUAUGUUUGUAAACCAGUCAAAAUCUGUAUAUAGAUUUGCUCUCAAGUUCAACACAACCAAAUCCUCUGUACAAUGUUGGACACCAUUAGAAGAAAUUCUGUCACUUUACCAGUUUACCUACCUGGCAGUAGAAUAAAGUAAUUAUGAAAUGAAUACACAUUUUCUUCAAAAGGUACUGGGGUUUUCUUAACAUGUCAUGUCUGAGACCAGUUUUAUGGUUUCUGUAACGAUGGUUAACAUGGGGUGUUUCAAAUCAGCCUAAAUAGGUCAGUAAGUAAGACAUGGUAUGGUUAGGACAUAAACACCAGGCCGGGUACUGCCAUGGUUAACCAGGGCCUCAACUCAAGCACAGUAUUAUUUGUGUUUGUUAUUGUUGUUUUGUAUAUAUGAAAUCAUUGCACUAAUCAUUUUCCACACGUUUUUUUUUUUGUGUGUGUGUUCUUCUAUUACGCAUUUUGAAUUCGUUUUUUCAAUGUCCCUUUUAGCGCAGAGUAUGUUUGUGAUUUUUUGUUAAAAUGAAAUCAUGAAAAAUUGUGACACUGAUAGUAUUGAAAAUUGAAACACCAAAUUUUUUGUUUGUUUGUUUGUUUGUUUUACAAAUUAUAGCUCAGAAAUCAAAGAAUGUAUGUUCAUUUUACAUGAACUUUGUAAUAUGGUACUUUUUCUCAAAUAUUCAUACAAUGUCACAACAAUUAAAAAAAAAAAAAUAUUUUAACCCAUAUUGAAUUAUAUGAAUUUGUAUGGAGAUUAUGUCAAUAUUCAAACUUGUUUGUUAUCAGAACAAAGUCAUAAUCAAAAUCAGAUUUAAGUAUGUCUGGUCACGUGAAUUUGCCUUAGAUUAUGUUUCAGUUAAAUACAUUAUACAGGCCAAACCAUCCACAUGUCCUUAACUGAUCUUGAUCUUGAUAUUUGCAUAUAUUCAAUGACUUUUUCCCCCCAAUAUAAUGAAAAAUAUCUUCUCUUGAACUGCAAAUUCUCAUGCAUCUGUUCAGUUUUCAAAUACUGUUCAGUAUAUGACUGUGCAAAACUGUUCAGUUCAACUGAUCAGUUUUCAUGAAAUAACUUGUAUGGUCAUUUAUACAAGGGGUUGUUCCCCCCGCAUUAUAAGCUGUGCAUACUUUGGUAGAAAUAUAUUGUAUUACAUCCAUAUCCACAUUCACCUGUGAGCCACACUUCAGAGUGCCUUGGGAAAGCCAGUAUUUUUGCCUUAAGAUAGUUCUUUAAAUGUAGCAUUAGGCAUUUAUGUCUAGAUAAUAUUAAUAUUGCUGUUAUGUUUUUUGUAAGAUUUUGAUACGCUUUUAUAUGAAAUAAAUGCUAUCUGCACAA